AUGUGGGAUAACAUUAAUGUGAUAAUAAACAAAAAGAGGUCAUCUUCCAACAUUGAAAAAUUGCAAGUAAACGACGAAAACUUUGAACAGCUGUUCUCAAUAUCAAAUGCGAUCAACAAGUAUUUCUGCGGUAUUCAAGCCGAACUUGCAUCUAAACUGCCCAAAUCACAUCACCGUUCCUCUUCUUACGAGCACAGGAAAAAAGAAACGUUUCGCGUUAUUAGAGUAAAUGAAGUGGAGGUCUUUUUGUUAUUAGAAAGUAUUGAUAUUAAGAAAAGUUCAUCCUUUGCCAUUAUCUUCUGCCGCACCAAUAAUUUAUAGUCCAUUGACUUAUGUAAUUAAUUUAUCAUUUAAGCAAGGCAUAUUUCCAGACAGUUUAAAAGUUGCCAAAGUUAUCCCAAUUUUUAAACAGGGCUCUCGCUCCUUAUGUACCAACUAUUGCCCCAUAUCAGUCUUUUCAGCCUUGAGUAAAAUUUUUGAAAGAUGCAUUCUUAAUCAACUAAUAUUUCAUUUCAACACGGAAAAUAUUCUUGUAUCGAACCAGUUUGGCUUUGAGCCAGAAAAACUACAACUGACUGCUUGGUUGACUUAGUAGAUGAUAUAACUAAAGCUAUUGACGAAGGUAGCUAUUCUGUAUCUAUAUUUCUAGACUUAAGCAAAGCCAUUGACACAACUAACCAUUCCAUUUUACUUUCCAAACUUGACCUAUAUGGUAUUCGUGCCGGUGAAAACCAGUGAUUCAAGUCCUCACUUAAGCAAACGGAAACAAAAGGUGUUCGUUAAUGGUGUUGAGUCUAAUUUCUACUUAUUGAAAUUAGGAGUACCACAAGGGUCAAUAUUAGGGCCGUUCCUCUUUAUAGUUCAUAUAAACGAUAUGGUCAGAGCUACUAAUUACUUUACUGUAAGACUUUUUGCAGAUGACACAUCUUUAACAGCAGUUGGUAGUGAUUUAGAUGUAUCGAUUCCUUUCUGUCAUAGCAUGAUCAUAUUGAUUAUAUUAGCGGUAAAAUUAGCAAAAGUCUAAACAUAAUCGCAAAACUGAAACGACAUGUAACAGUUCAAUCUCUUGUAAGUGUAUACUAUGCACUUGUACAUCCUUAUUUAAUAUACGGCUGCAUUUGAGGGGUAAUAAUUACGAAGCUCCACUGUCUCAUUAAAGCUACAAAACAAAGCAAUAAGACUCAUCAACAAUGUACCAAUUCGUGACCAUGUUAAUCCCCAUUAUGUAGGCCUUGGCCUAAUUAAGCUUCCUGACAUAAUUAAAUUGAGUACGUGUCAACUAUUCUACGAUCAUAUUGUAGACAAAAAAUCUUCUAAUUUUGCACUUUCUUUUGUAUCUGAGAUCCAUGAUUAUGCCACUAGAAGUACAUCUUUGCAACACCUAAACCCUAACCCCUUCAGAAUAAAUAUAAGGAAAUUAUUUUCAAAAGUUAUAGGAUACUACUAUUGA